CUGUCUCUCAUUCAUUCCUACACACAGGCUCACACACCUCCCUUCUCUUCUCUUUCUCUCUCUCAGAAUGAUGAUUCUAGGUACAGCUUUUGGUAUGGUUUUCUAUUUACUUCAAGUCGUUUCUGGAGAAAGUGGCUAUGCACAGAAUGGAGACUUUGAUGAUGCUGAACUGGAUGACUAUCCAUUCUCGUGUUACAGUCAGUUGGAAGUGGAUGGAUCCCAGCACUUGCUGACCUGUACUUUUGACGACCCAGAUGUCAAUAGCACCAAUCUGGAAUUUGAAAUAUGUGGGGCUCUUUUGGAUGUGAAAUGCCUGACUUUUAAUAAAAUGCAAGAGAUGUAUUUCAUCAGGACAAAGAAAUUCUUACUGAUUGGAGACAGCGAAAUAUGUGUGAAGCUUAAAGGAAAAAAGAUAACUUGCAGGAAAAUGAAUGUAGUCAAGAUAGUUAAACCUGAGGCUCCUUUUGACAUAAGAGUCAUCUAUCGUGAGGGAGCAAAUGACUUUCUGGUGACAUUUAACACAUCUCACUUACAAAAGAAGUAUGUGAAAGAAUUAUUGCAUGAGGUAGCCUAUCACCAGGAAAAACAUGAAAAUGACUGGAUGCAUGUGAACUUAUCCAGUACAAAGCUGGCACUCCUACAGAGAAAGCUACAACCUGAUGCAAUGUAUGAGAUUAAAGUCCGGUCCAUUCCUAAUCAUGACUAUUUUGAAGGCUUCUGGAGUGAAUGGAGUCCAAGCUUCCACUUCAGAACUCCAGAGAUCACAGGUGGGAAGAUGGAUCCUAUUUUACUAACUAUUAGCAUUCUGAGUUUCUUCUCUGUGUCUCUGAUGGUCAUCUUGGCCUGUGCAUUAUGGAAAAAAAGAAUUAAACCUAUUGUGUGGCCCAGUCUCCCGGAUCAUAAGAAGACUCUGGAACAACUUUGCAAGAAACCAAAAAAGAAUUUGAAUGUGAGUUUCAAUCCUGAAAGUUUCCUGGACUGCCAGAUUCAUAAGGUGGAUGGAAUUCAAGCUAGAGAUGAAGCCGAAGGCUUUCUGCAAGACACUUCUCUGCCACAACCAGACGAGUCUGAAAAGCAGAGGCUUGUAGGGGGUGUGCAGAGCCCCACCUGGCCAUCUGAGCAUGCAGUCAUCACCCCAAAAACAUUCAGAGGAGAUUCACCCCUCGGCUGCCUGGCUGGGAAUGUCAGCAUGUGUGAGGCCCUUGUGCUCCCAUCUUCCAGACCCCCAGACUUCAGGGAUGGUGGCAAGAAUGGGCCUCAUGUGUACCAGGGCCUGCUGCUUGUCCCUGGAACUACAAAUGGCCCUGGGCCCACUCCAUUUCCUUUCCAAUCAGGAAUCCUGACAUUGAACCCAGCUGCCCAGGGGCAACCCAUUCUCACUUCCUUGGGAUCGAGCCAGGAAGAAGCCUAUGUCACCAUGUCCAGUUUCUACCAAAACCAGUGAAUUUUCAGAAACCCAGGACUGGAACCGUGAUGACUGACAAAGAUGACUGAGCUCUGCCUACUCUUCCUCGAAGCACAAAGAAGACAGAAUUAAGGCAAGCCCUCCGUAUCAUCUACAAGAUUCAGAAGCAUGGCUUGGAUCACU